UAAAGUGUCUUAGAAUUUUUCGAAGGAAGUUUCCAGAUCUGAAAACAAGAGAGAGAAAAGGAAGGGAGGAAUUGCUUUCGUUGCUUCGAUUUAGCCAUACCCAGGUAAAAUUUCGAUCAUUUCCUUCGAUUUUCUUGUAGAUUUUAGUAGAGCGAUGGCAAAAACUAGGCCGACCGUGGUUAAGGAUAAGGAAGAUGUUGGGGUUAGUCGGGCCAAGUCACUCAACCCGUUCUACUCUACUGUUGAGGAUCCAACGGCUUUUAUAACUCUCGCCGGUCUGCCGCCGUCGGCUGAAGUGAGGAUUCCUGGUCAAGAGGAUGAGGCCAAGGAUUGCCCGGAGGGUUAUGUGGUCAUGUAUGAGUACCCUUUUAUUCUGGGGUUUUUGUUUCCUUUUACACCCUUGGCUAGAUCUUUUGUUGAGGUGUUCAAUUUAAGCCCUGGCCAAUUGAUGCCCCAGAUCUGGCGUAUUUUUACUGUAGUGCAUAGGGUUACUUCGGGUUGGCGAACACCGUUUGACUUGGCUGAUCUGAUGCAUGUUUAUGAUUUAUCCUUGAAGGAGUGUUGUCGGUAUACUUUGGUGACGAAGAAAAAGAAGAAGAAUUUGUGUGUCGGGUUAGCUGUAAAUGAUAGGGGUUGGCAAAGUCGUUUUGUUUAUGUGAAUAAGGCGUCUCUGGGAGAAGUAGGAAACUUCUUAGUGGAAGGGUGGACGACGGAAGUUGUUGAUACGUCGUUAGCUGGUCUGAACUCUGACUCUCACGAUAAGUGUUUGAGGUUUCUGGGUUGUUCUGUCGUGGAGAGAUCGUUCAGCCGUGACGGAGGUCGUUUGGGAAGUCAAGAGGGGAGUCAAGUUGGUGACGUUGACGAGGAGGAGGCUGAAGACGAGACGAUUUGCUUAGUUCGUCGUCGACGGAGGUUGGACUUACUCGAGGAAGUCGUUGGGAAUUCGUCGUCUGCAUCGGAGGAAGAGUUUGAGAUGGCUAACACAUCAGAGAAUACGCUGUCGUCUAAGCCAGUGUCGAGGAUGUCACAGAGCGAGAUGAUGGAACGAGCGAGGAAGCGGUUGAGGUCGAACAGUAAUGCUGGUGGGCAGGGUGGUCAGGCGAUGCCUCUCGUGCCUCGUUAUUCUAAGAUAGGUGCGUCGCCUGAGACGCCCGUUGUUAUAGGGGGUGAAGGUUUUCAUCCUCUAUCGUCGUCGUCGCCGCCGAGGCCGUUUCAGGUGUCGUCGACUGCUGUUGCUGCGACUAGGCCCCCUGCUGCGUCGGCCAAGAAGCGUCCUGCUGACAAAGUUUAG